AUGUCAAAUGCGAGAACAUAUUUACCAUAUGUAAUCGAGCUACACAAUAAAAGUAUAAAGUUUACCAAGUAUAGUCCCAGUAAUUCGGACUUAUUAAAUCAUUCAAAAUUAAACACAAACGAAGAUGAUUCACAAAAUAAAUUUAAAACAUUUCCAGUUUUAAAAAACCUAAAAAACAGUCAGAUCAGGGGAAUAUACCACCUGCCUAAAGUAAAAUGGGACGAUGAGUCAAUGACAAUGGGAGCUGGGCUAAAUAACCCAGGAAUCAACAUCUGUUAUAUGAAUGUAAUAAUUCAGGUGUUGACACAUACGCCGUUUUUAGCCUCAUCCUUACUUAAGUCAUACCACUCGAAAACAUGCCUACAUUACGAAAAGGAUAUAUUUUGUAUUAUGUGCCUAUUUGAAAAUUAUGUAAAGAAGUCAUUUGCGUCACCGAACCCGUUAAAUAAUCCGUUUUACUCCAUCGCAAAAAAGUUUAUCUGGUCUAGAUUUAAACUAGGCCACCAAGAUGACGCAUUCAUAUUCUUAAAACAUUUUCUAGAUUCUCUGUCAAAAGCAUGUUACUUAAACUCAAAAGAGUCUGAGAAACAGGAAGAUGGUUCUGAAACCACGUCUGGUCCAAAGGAUUUUAUCUCUAAUGACCAAAUUAUGUCCACAGUAAUAGGAAGAUUGUUUGGAGGCUAUUUUAGAAAUGUAAUUGUUUGCAAUAACUGUUCAAGGAAGUCGGAAAAGGUUGAAGAAUUCUUCGAUUUAGCAGUGGAAGUCACAAAAAGUAAUAGACUAAUAGAUUUGUUGUCAGAAUUUGUACUACCAGAAAAGUUAACGAACGAUAAUAAGUACUUUUGCAGUAACUGCAAGAGUUACCAGAACGCAAAUAAAUCAUUGUCGAUAUACAAGGCACCAAGAAUAUUAAACAUAAAUCUCAAAAGGUUUAAUCUAUAUUCUAGCGUAUACAAAAAAUCUUUGAAAGCUAUUGAAUUCCCACAACUCUUGUCAAUCUCACUCAAGACUUCGGAAGAUUCAUAUACAUGGCUCAAUUACGAUUUGUAUGCAAUAGUGUGCCACAUUGGAAAGUCACUCCAUAUGGGACACUACAUAACAUUUAUCAAGGGAAAACAUGGUUUUUGGUAUCGUUUUGACGAUUCAAUAAUACAGUGCGUUUCAGAAUCAACAGUUUUAUCUCAUAACAACGACGUUUAUCUAUUAUUCUACUCGAUUAACAACGAAUCUGUUGGAGAUUGUGACACAGCACUGAACCUGUUUUCCUAUAGUAAUAUUUUAAAGGAGUCCAAAUCCUCACAAUCAGAACCAAUUGCAACACCUGAACGGGAACCCAGACGCUGUGAAAUUGAUAUACUUUCAUAUUUUGGAGGGAACACGAUUUUUAAAAGAUUUCUAAAGCACAGAAAGUUUAAAAACUACAAUUUAUUAAACAUGAAGAUCCUGUCAAACAUCCAAAGGAUGAAUAAUUUGAAAAGAAAAAUCAAUUCAAUAGUGACUAACAAUCAAGAAAAUAAAGAAACGAUACAGAAGAUUAAUAAAAAGGAAAAAGAAUCCAAGUUAAAGGAUACUGAUACAGAUUUAAAGAGUGAAGUUAAAUGUAGUUUAAAACACACAUCAUUCAUUGAUGCAAUUGGAGAUGAAGAUGUAUCUGCAGAAAUUGAGCUUUGGUCCGAUGCUGAGGACGUAGAAACAUAUAAUAAACUCUACGAACAAAUCGACCCCGAUUUACCGAAACCCACAGAAGAAGAUUUAGAGUACGACAGAGGGAAAAUUCACAAGUCAAAGAACAGAAAUCGACCAAAUCCAGCAAAUGUCGAGUUAGUUAACCAUCGCUCUGGCAUUAAUGUGGCAGUUGAACAGAAGAAUCUAUUCGACAACACAGUGAUUUCACCAUAA